AGAAAAGAAGGGAGGCUUUUCCAAAUCCUUUACGAGAAAGCUCGUGCCGAUUUCCCGUGCUGUCCAUACGCUCUUUAAUAAUGCAAUUGUGACCUGAGUGGAAUUCAUGAGCAAUGAACUAUUGAAGCUUGUUGCACCACUGCAUGAGACUACAUUUUUUUUUUUUUUUUUUUUUUUUUUCUCAGCACAUGAUUCCCCCAUCCCAGCUGUUGCAGGACCUAUGGGCCAGUAAUAGAGGGAUGGGAAGCUGAGACAGUUUAUUUUCACAUUCUUCUGUUCUGGACUUGGCUAGUUAGCUGAAGCUGCUGCUGCUGCUUUUUACUGGAUCUGUUCUUGGCAGGUUUAUUUGUUUUCAUGUGCAUGGGGUGUUUCAAUUAAAUAGACAUUGGACUAGAGCUGAAUGGAUGCUUUGCAAUCCAAAAAGUUUUUUGGGGUAACAAAAAACUACUAAAAACAGAAGAACUGGUACUGCAGGAAACCUGGGGCCUGUUUUCCAAGCCUUUUUAUUUUAUUGAGCAAGAUGAUGUGUGAGGUGAUGCCAACCAUCAGUGAGGCAGAGAUUCCCUCUGGGGGAAAUGGAGGCCAUGGUUCAGGUUCCCCGUUACAGUCAGAUGCUGAUUCCCAUUUUGAGCAAUUAAUGGUGUCCAUGUUGGAAGAAAGGGAUCGCCUUCUGGAAACACUAAGAGAAACUCAGGAGACACUAGCGUUGACCCAGGGCAAGCUACAUGAAGUUGGUCAUGAGAGAGAUUCCUUGCAGAGACAGCUCAAUACUGCACUUCCACAGGAAUUUGCAGCGCUUACAAAAGAGCUAAAUGUAUGCAGGGAGCAGCUGCUUGAGAGGGAAGAAGAAAUCGCUGAACUGAAAGCAGAAAGAAAUAAUACGAGGCUAUUACUGGAACAUUUGGAGUGUCUUGUCUCCAGGCAUGAGCGAUCUCUCAGAAUGACAGUUGUAAAGAGACAAGCUCAGUCUCCAGCAGGAGUUUCUAGUGAAGUAGAAGUUCUCAAAGCACUAAAAUCUUUAUUUGAACACCACAAAGCCCUAGAUGAAAAGGUAAGGGAGAGGUUACGAGUAGCACUUGAAAGAUGUAGCUUAUUGGAAGAAGAACUAGGUACUACGCAUAAAGAGUUAAUGAUUCUGAAAGAGCAAAAUAAUCAGAAGAAAACACUUCCAGAUGGGAUGCUGGAUAUAAAUCAUGAACAAGAAAAUACACCAACUACAAAUGGGAAGCGAUCCUCCGAUGGUUCUUUAUGCCACGAUGAAAACCUUGCAAAAGUGAUUGAACUCCAAGACAUCAUAGAUAAGCAAAACAAAGAGCAGACACAAAUGAAAGAACGUCUUACUGCUUUGUCUAGCAGAGUAACAGAGCUGGAAGAGGAUCUUGACACAGCUAGAAAAGACUUAAUAAAAUCUGAAGAAAUGAAUACAAAGUUACAGAGAGAUGUACGAGAGACUAUGGCUCAAAAGGAAGACAUGGAAGAGAGAAUUACAACUCUUGAGAAACGCUACCUCGCUGCACAACGUGAAGCUACAUCUGUGCAUGACCUCAAUGAUAAACUUGAAAAUGAAAUUGCCACUAAAGACUCCAUGCAUCGACAGAGUGAAGAUAAGAAUAGGCAAUUGCAAGAACGACUGGAACUAGCUGAGCAAAAGCUGCAGCAGACUUUGAGAAAAGCUGAGACUUUGCCGGAGGUGGAAGCUGAGCUGGCACAGAGAGUUGCAGCACUUUCAAAGGCUGAGGAAAGACAUGGCAAUAUAGAAGAACGACUGAGACAGAUGGAAGCGCAGCUGGAAGAAAAGAAUCAAGAACUGCAAAGGGCUAGACAGAGAGAGAAGAUGAAUGAAGAGCAUAAUAAACGUUUGUCAGAAACUGUCGAUAAGCUUUUGUCUGAAUCUAAUGAAAGGCUCCAGCUUCACCUCAAAGAAAGGAUGGCUGCCUUGGAAGAUAAGAAUUCACUUCUUCGAGAAAUUGAAAAUGCAAAAAAACAAAUAGAGGAACUUCAGCAUGAAAAGGAUCAACUUGUAUUAAAUGUUGAAGCAUUAAGGGCUGAAAAUGACCAAGUGAGACUCAGAGCCACAUCACUUCAUCACAGCCGACCAGAUUUCAGAUACCCUAUGACAUCUUCAACUGUGGCUGACAGUCAUGCAGACUCUUACAGCACCUCGUCAGUGUUAAGACGUCCCCAGAAAGGACGUUUGGCAGCUCUCAGAGAUGAACCCUCGAAGGUUCAAACUCUGAACGAGCAGGACUGGGAGCGAGCACAGCAAGCAAGCGUGUUGGCAAACGUGGCACAAGCAUUUGAAAGUGAUGUUGACGUGUCUGAUGUUGAGGAUGAUAGGGAGACUAUAUUCAGUUCAGUUGAUCUGCUGUCACCAAGUGGUCAGGCUGAUGCUCAGACUUUGGCCAUGAUGCUUCAAGAACAGUUGGAUGCAAUCAACAAAGAGAUUAGACUUAUACAAGAAGAAAAGGAAAACACAGAGCAGCGUGCAGAGGAAAUUGAAAGCAGAGUGGGUAGUGGAAGUUUGGAUGCCCAUGGCCGAUUCAGGUCCAUGAGCUCCAUUCCUCCACCCUAUGCAAGUGGUUCACUUGCUGGUUCUUCUCCGCCUGGCAGUGGCCGCUCCACCCCAAGGCGGAUUCCACAUAGUCCAGCUCGGGAAGUGGACAGACUAGGUAUCAUGACACUGUCUCCAGCUUCUAGAGAAGAGGUACGAGAUGAUAAAACCACAAUAAAAUGUGAGACAUCACCACCUUCUUCACCUCGAUCUUUGCGUUCGGACAGAGUUCAAAAAGGAGCUUUGCAUACCGUGAGCCAUGAAGAUAUCAGGGACAUUAGAAAUUCAACAGGCUCACAAGAUGGGCAAACAAGUAAUCCUAGUAGCAGCAAUAGUAGUCAAGAUUCCCUUCAUAAAGCCCCCAAAAAGAAGGGGAUCAAAUCCUCCAUUGGCCGCUUGUUUGGCAAGAAAGAAAAGGGACGACCCGGACAAACAAGCAAGGAAACAUUAGGACAAGUUGGCAUGGCAGAAGCAGAUAGUGCCUCUCAGGAUGCUUUAGGUCUCAGCAAGCUUGGAGGUCAGGCAGAAAAAAACAGGAAAAUGCAGAAAAAGCAUGAGUUGCUGGAGGAAGCCAGAAGACAAGGUUUGCCUUUUGCACAGUGGGAUGGACCUACUGUGGUUGUGUGGUUGGAGCUAUGGGUUGGGAUGCCAGCCUGGUAUGUGGCUGCCUGCCGAGCAAAUGUGAAAAGCGGUGCUAUCAUGUCAGCCUUGUCUGAUACAGAAAUACAGCGUGAAAUUGGAAUUAGUAAUCCUCUGCACAGACUGAAGCUGAGGCUGGCCAUUCAAGAAAUCAUGUCACUAACAAGUCCAUCUGCCCCUCCCACGUCAAGGACGACAUUAGCAUAUGGUGAUAUGAACCAUGAGUGGAUUGGCAACGAAUGGCUCCCUAGUCUGGGGCUCCCUCAGUAUCGCAGCUAUUUCAUGGAAUGUCUUGUUGAUGCUCGAAUGCUGGAUCAUUUAACUAAAAAAGAUCUGCGUGGGCAACUUAAAAUGGUGGACAGCUUUCACAGAAACAGUUUUCAGUGUGGAAUUAUGUGCCUACGACGACUGAAUUAUGAUCGAAAAGAACUUGAAAGGAAAAGAGAAGAAAGCCAGAAUGAAAUUAAGG